GCUCGCUCUUCUGCCAUUACCACUCUGCCCAUCCCUCCUCGUAGGCAUUGACGUUGACUGGCAGCACUGAACAGCAGCACACGAGGCCCGCCUGCUCUCUCGGCCCAUAAUCGCCUGAUCCAGGGCCCAAGCAGCUGUCUGACUCAACACACCCUGCCCUGGACAAGACCCUGUGGUGAUCACCAGCCAUGGCUGUGGACAGCACCGCCACAGCAUGCCUCAACGCCAAUAGCAAGCGCACCUCGCUCUCGCCGUCGCCGCCCGCAGCCGCACACGCAGGCACAGACCCGGCUUUGACCUCGACAGCUGCAGGUGGUGACCGGCCCUACCAGAAACGGAUCCGCCUGUCACUGGCCUGUAAUCAGUGCCGCAAGCGCAAGGUCCGGUGUGACACGACGCUGCCCAAGUGCCGCAACUGCGUCCAGCGCAACGAGCACUGUGAGACGUCGGACCUCCGCCGCCCAGACCACGGGCCGGGGGUGCGGGCCCUCGCCAUCAAGGACGGCAACCAGCAGGCCCGCCAACAGGCACCGCCACAACAGGGCCAACCGCGCAGCUGGGACGACGAUGGCCGUGAUGGAUCCAUUGCAGACGCUCGAGAUGAUGACGGCGGCUUGACAGAAAACGACGCGGACAAGCAGCACCAGCGCCCUGCACCUCCCCGCCGGACCCAGUCACAGUCUUCUCAUCAUUCUAAGUCGUCACGCCCACCAGCAGGCACUACCACGAGUCCAUCCCCCCGAUCCCAGCGCGAGCCAAGCCACGCUGCCACCUCGACCCCAGACUCGCGGUCCCAUCGCCAUGCCUCCGAGUCCGCCACCUCGGCCAACGGCAGCACGAGCGAGGCACCAAAUCUCUCCUGGGUGCAGCGGGCGUACCGGGUCGCCGCGUCCGGCACCCACGGCCCGGAUGGCAGCGGGCCUAACGGCAGCAGCAACAGCAAUGCCGGCGGCGGAGGCGUGGGCGGUGUCGAGGGUGGCCCCGAGAACCUCAACGGGUCGACGCCCGACGUUGUCGUCAACACGGAUGACACGGCGUACCGGGUCAAGUUUGUCGGCGGCAGCAGCCUGCAGUGCCUCUGCACGUUUGUGGACCUGCACCUCGUGAGCAAAGGCCUGCGGCCCGUCAGCCCGGGCUUCAAGCAGGGCAUGCAGUACAGCGAGGAGUUUGAGCUGCCCCUGACGCCACACCUGCCUCCGUUGCCCGUGCGGCCCGAGACGGACGGGUACGUGGCGGCGUUUAUGCGCCGCGUGUGGCCCCUGUACCCGGUCGUCGACGAGACCACCGUCGCCGCCGACAUUGACUACAUCAUGCAGGUCCAGGCGCUGCACGGGGAACGCUUCGCGCGGCACCUGCCGCAGCUGACGCUGCCCACGCUGGCCGUGACGUACGCGGUCCUCGCGCUCGGCUCGGCCGAGCUGGCAGGCCAGGCGACGCCGCUGUCGACGUCGUACCUGACGGCGGCGUACAGCCUGUACGGCCACCUGAUCGCGCUGCCGUACACGGUGAGCGUGCAGGCGCUGUUCCUCAUGGCGCUGGCGCUGCGGGCGCAGAUGCGUGACGGGCAGGCGUGGCAGGUUCUCGGGCAGGCUCUGCGGAUCGCGUACUCGAUCGGCCUGCAUCGUACCUCUCCGUCCGCGCUGGCAUCUUCGUCUCAGACCAACCAAAAGAUGAAUGGAGCAAAGGGGAGGGGACAACCCCAACAGCAACCACAGACACCACGCCGCCCCCCGCCCGGGUGCUCGCCAUCUUACACGAGCGACGCAGGGCUGCACAGCCGGCUGUGGUGGUCGUGCUACGCGCUGGAGCGGCUGGUGCAGCUCGAGUCUGGGCGGCCGGCGGUGGUGCACGACCGCGUGGGCGACGGCAUCAGCAACAUUGACAGCGACACGUACAACAACAACAACAACGAGCACGCGCCGCCGCCGCGCCUGCCGCAGAUGCUCGACCCGGCGACGCACGGGUCCGAGUACUUUGUGGCGUGGGUGUCGCUGGCGCACAUCAUGGGCAAGAUCUCGGACCAGUUCUACGGGCAGAAGCCCCGGGACUCGGUCGAGCUGUUCACACGGGUGUACCGGCUGGACCAGAUGCUGACCGAGUGGAAGGACACGCUGCCGGACAGCGUGAGGCUGAGGAAGGACGCCGUCGCGCGGGCAUCGAGACACGCUGCUGCGGCCAGACAGGCCCGGCACGACAGGCACGCCACCACCAGCAGUAGAAGCAGCAAUAACAACAACAACAACAACAACAACAACAACAAGAGUAGCAGCGGCGGCGAGGACAGCGGCGACGAGGAGGAAGACGACGACGACUACCCGCCUCUGCCGGGCACACAUCCGCACGACGCCUCUUCAUCCAAGUUCGAGUACCAGCACCACCUGGCCAGCUUCCUCAGCCUGCAGCACUACCAGGCGCACAUCACGCUGCUGCGCAUCGCCCUCAUCUUCCCGCACGCCGACUUCCUCGCUGAGAUUGCCAAGCAGCGCGAGCACCUGCCCCGGAGCUACCACUAUGGUGGCAACAAGCACAGCGGGCUCAGCGCGCACUCGCGCCUCGUCAACGGCGCCGACAUCUGCCUCGGCGCGGCCCGCUCCGUCAUCACCGAGGCCACCACCCUCGCCGACGACGCCGAGCGGUCCGUCCUGCUCGGCGCGAACCCAAUGUUUGUCAGCGCCAUGGUCCUCGCGCUGGGGAUCCUGCGGCAGCCGACGCGGCGCCUGGCUAGGGCCGACUUGCAGCUCUUCCAUCUCGCGCUGGAGCUCGUCGAGGAGUAUCUGUCGCGGUGGGUCGUGAUGGGGGGGCCGUCGGGGUCGAAUGAUGGUGGUACUGGUGCUGGACAAGAGGAUGGGGACGAAGAAGGAGUGGUCACGUCAGGGGGUGGCGGUGACGGCGGAGACAUGAUGGGUCUCGUGGCGCUGCUGAGGGACCAGAUUGAUGCGUAUCACACACACUUCCGCACUCGGGGCGCCGCGGCCGCGACGAUGGCGUCAAUGAGCGGUGCUGGCGGCGGCGGGGGCAAGGCGUCUCCCUAUCUACAUCAGCAGCAGCAGCAGCAGCAGAAGUCGGCCUCCGCCCAUACCACCGGCAGCAUCAACUACAACAGCAACAACAGUGGCGACAGCACGUCACACCAGCACCAUUCAGGCCAAUCCCCUUACCAGGACCAGAGGCGCAGCUCCCAGACCGGUCACGGCCAGGCCCAGUACCAGCACCCGCUCCACCAGCUGCAGCAGUACGAGCAGUCCCAGGCACAGCACCAGCAGCAGCACCUCAUGGGCCCGCAGGGCUUCUCGGCGUCGCACUUCACGUCAUCCUCGUCCGCAACCCCGGAUUCCAACACAUCCACAACAAGAAAUGGGAGUGUUGGCGGUAGCAGCAGCAGCAACACAAACAACAACAACAACAAUGACAUGCCGCCUCCUCCGCUGCCAGGGGCGGAAGGCUUCAGCAACGGCGCGGAAGGAGUAGGAGUAGGAGCAGGACAAGGCGCAGGAGGUGGGCCGGGGACACCAAGCCAGGUAUUUUCGCCCAGUGGACUUGGUAGUGCUGGUGGUGGUGGUGGUGGCGGCGGGACGAGCAGUCUGUCCGCGCUGCUCACGGACGGCGGCACCACGGUCUAUGAUCACAACAGCCACAGUAUGGCACCGUUCAUGGACGGCAGCAUGGGAUAUAUGAAUGGUAGUGCUGGUAGUGGCAUGGGUGGGGCUGGUAGUACUCUCGGUGGGUUUAUGCCCGGGAGCACCCCAAGCUCGAUGAUGAUGAUGGAUGUGGAUUCGUUCGAGGGCCUCGCGUUUGACGAGCUCUGGAAUAUGAUUGGGACUACGGACGGGAGGGGCGAAUAUGCGUUCUAGCUUCAUGGUCCUGGUUCGGGGCACAAAAUGAAGAGCGGGCUAGGAACAGGUUUGAUACCCAUCUGUGUGAAUGAAGGCGUUGACAAUAGUAUCAGGCACAUGAAGUGUAACGACCAACAAAGGAAACAAUGGAAAUUGUUGAUCAUAAUCAAUACACCAAUAAACCGGGGAAGCGUGACUAAACUGGGUUCUCUCCCUAUUACUUUGCCACCAGCAGAUGAUGGUCUUCGCGGCGCUGACCUGACUGCACUCUCGUUCUCUGUCCCAUUGUCCUGCUGCUCAAAAGUGUCCGCAUCUGGAACUGCUGGUGUGAAAAAUCUGUACCAUUACGUGAUGGCUGGAUUCCGGGAAUGUUCCGGGUCCUGCAAACUUCGAGUGCGCGCGAGUCCAAAAUGUCCCAGCCGAGAGGAACGCCACGCAUGACCCUCUCGGGUGUCGCAUGAUGUGGGGAAGCAGCAUC